CGUGGACCCGAAGCCGACAGAGCUGCUCAGCCAUGGGUGCUCCGGGCGGCAAGAUCAACCGGCCGCGAACGGAGCUGAAGAAGAAACUGUUCAAGCGACGGCGGGUGUUGAGCCGGGAGCGGCGACUGAAGCACCGGGUGGUCGGGGCCGUGAUAGACGAAGGGCUGAUCACGCGGCACCACCUCAAGAAGCGGGCGUCCAGCGCCCGUGCCAACAUUACUCUGUCCGGCAAGAAGCGCAGAAAACUCCUCCAGCAGAUCCGGCUCGCCCAGAGAGAGAAAGCGGCCAUGGAAGUGGAAGCCCCUGCAAAGCCAGCCAGGACUGGUGAACCACAGCCUAAACCAAAAAAGAAGACCAAGCCCCCCCAGGAUGUAGAUAUGGAGGACCUUGAAGGUGGGAGCUAAAUCCUACCCCUUUCGUCACAAGAUUCUCACCUGGAGCCAGGUGGACUCAGGGCUUGUUCCAGAAGACUUUGGAGAAAACAUUGCACCUUUUCACUCUCCCAGACUCCUCUUCCAUAAUGGCCUAGUGACCUGCCUGGAGGGAUGUGUUGAGAGGCAGCGUGGAAAAGAAGGAUCGGAGAGGGGGCUCCUUAGCAGCCAACUCCAUUUGCAAUAAAGCCCAUAGUUCUGGCUGAGUGUGUGUGACUGAGUGCAGGGCUGGGGAUGGGCCGGGAGAAGGGGCUGUGACACAGGACCCACAGGGUGGGCUGCAGCCAAGGCAUCAGGGAGCCAGCCUCCGUGACGGCCCGUCUCUUGAGUGAGUGACGCUCUGACUUGCCACUUCUGCCCACAUAGAGAUGCAGAGCUGGCUGAGGAGGCCGGGUCCUGCUACCAGCCCGCCACUGCUCCUGUGUCACCCGCGUGGGCAGAGCGCUUCGUCAUGUUUGUCGCUGCUUCCUUAGCUGGAUUAUGUUUUUAAUAAAGUGAAGACCAAACAUGA